ACACAAUUUACACACUGCUUGACUUUUUUAUUUUUAAGAUAAAGCUAUGCAAUUUUUAAUAGUAUACAUGUCUUAGUUUUAUUGAAAUGGCAACCGUGAAUGUAUCUAGGAGCUAGUGAUAAGAGCUUUUUGCCAUUUGGGAAAAUGAGAGAGAGAAAGAAUGUUUUGGGCUCCUGCGGGUGACUUCAUGAGCUAAGGGCCCAGGUCCAGAAGGUUGAAACGCCCUACCUUUUAGGCUGCACACAUUUAUGAAGCACCUGAAGAUGGUCUGCAUUUGGCAACAUCUGAAAGUGUUUUUCCAGCACCACGUCCUAGAAUUGUUGCUUGCUUGGCCAUCCAAUCAAGUACAUCAGCACUGCAGUUGCUGAUAAUUACUGCUUUUGAAUCUUGUAUUUGACUGGGAGGUGUCCAGGACUAUGAAUUAGUUGUCACAUGGUUAUGAGCUUUAGAGUGUCGGAGCUGCAGGUGCUUCUGGGUUUCGCGGGCAGAAACAAGAGCGGGAGGAAGCAUGAGUUGCUCACCAAGGCCCUGCAGCUGCUGAAGUCUGGCUGCAGCCCGGCCGUUCAGAUGAAAAUCAAGGAGCUGUACCGGCGACGGUUCCCUCGGAAGAUCCUCACCCCCUCGGACUUAUCCAUGCUGCACCUCCAGGCGGGACAGCUGCCCUCCACCACAACGCUGACCCAGGGCGCCAUGUGCCACUUGCCCUACGACAACGGGUCAGUGACCUCUGGGGUGCCGGUUGGCAUGUUGCCCCCGGUGCCUAUGUUGGGACCCAAGCAUGAGGCGGAUGUCCCACACCUGUCUCCCCCCAUCCACCCGGUUCACCCGGACGUGAAAAUGCGGCGAUUGCCCUUCUACGAUGUAUACGACGAGCUCAUCAAGCCCACCACGUUGGCAUCUGUGAACAGCCAGAGGUUUGAGGAGGCUCACUUCACCUUUGCCUUGACUCCUCAGCAGGUGCAGCAGAUCCUUGCCUCUCGCGAUAUCUUACCUGCUGCCAAAUGUGACUACACCGUCCAGGUACAGCUGAGGUUUUGUUUGUGUGAAACCAGUUGCCCGCAAGAGGACUAUUUCCCACCCAAUUUGUUUGUCAAGAUCAAUGGGAAGCUCUGCCCUCUUCCGGGUUAUCUUCCCCCCACCAAAAAUGGGGCAGAGCCCAAGCGGCCCAGUCGACCCAUCAACAUCACCCCUUUGGUGCGGCUUUCGGCCACCGUCCCCAAUACGAUCGUCGUGAACUGGUCUUCUGAGUUUGGCAGGAAUUACUCCCUAUCGGUUUAUUUGGUGAAACAGUUGACAUCAGUGACACUGCUACAGAAACUGAGAGCCAAGGGCAUCCGAAACCCAGACCACUCACGAGCCCUGAUCAAAGAAAAACUGACAGCCGAUCCCGACAGCGAGAUAGCGACAACAAGCUUACGAGUUUCUCUCAUGUGUCCGCUGGGCAAGAUGAGGCUCAUCGUCCCCUGCCGAGCUUUCACCUGCACCCACCUGCAGUGCUUCGACGCAGCCCUUUACCUUCAGAUGAAUGAGAAGAAGCCCACCUGGACCUGCCCUGUCUGUGACAAGAAGGCCCCCUAUGAGGCCUUGAUCAUUGACGGGUUGUUCAUGGAAAUCCUCAACUCUGUCACAGACUGCGAUGAGAUCCAAUUCAUGGAGGAUGGCUCCUGGUGCCCCAUGAAGCCCAAGAAAGAGAACCAGGAGGUUUGCCAGCCAUCUGCUUACAAUGGGCUGGAAGCCUCGCUGUACACAGUGGGCUCUGACGGGAAGCAGCUGGCCGAAGGCAAGAAGAAAGUGGAGGUCAUCGACCUCACGCUGGACAGCUCUUCGGACGAGGAGGAGCCCCCCGCCAAGAAGCCCUUCCCGCUCACCACUGCGGCCAUCCCGUCUGCAGCGGGACCCAAGGGAGUAUUAAGCCCUGACCACCAGCCCUCCUCGGUGUUGCACAGCCCCCCGAUGGCCACUGUGGGGAGCGACUACCUCUCCAGCCUUCCGAUCCCCGACUACCACCCUUACCAGGUCCCCUCGGACAUCCAAGGAAUUGUGGCCUGGGGAUUUGGCAGUGUAAGAGAGGAGAGGCGAGAAGGCAGAGUCCGAAAAGUAAAAAAAGGUCUGGAUUUGUUUUCCUUCCUUCAAAGUGAAAAUCAGCAUUACAGCCCUUCCGUGAUCACCUCCCUGGAUGAGCAAGACACCCUGAGCCACUUCUUCCAGUAUCGUGGCACCUCACCCCAUUUUAUGAACCCCCUGGCCCCUGUGGUGGUGGGGUCCCAUGGCACCGUGGGCUCCCCCACCAGCAGCAGCAGCCGCAUGAACAGUGUUGUCUCUUCGCCCACCACGGCCUUGCGGGAAAGCCACGUGCGCAGUGGCGCCGUGGGGGGCAGCCCCAUCUUGCCGGGGUGCCGGCCAGAUAUCAUCUCUCUAGACUAAAAGCUUGCAGCAUGGAAGAUACCCUUUCCCUACAGGAGGGCAGGAGGUGGAAUCGCCCCCCCCCCACUGGAGUGAAACAAGGAAAAGACAGAAUUCCGUCAAGCCUGUUUCUUACAGAGACAAAUCGGGCAAAGAUCUUUCUCUUGUUUUCCUUCAGGGCUCUUUUUUUCAUUCUGCAAUUCCGCUCAAGGUUUGAAAAAUGAUGGAAUUGGCUCGGGACAGUUUGGGGGGCCCAAAGAAUCUGGCUUUUUAGUUUGGGCUUGGAGCUGCUUGGGAGUUUUGAGCUGGUGGAGUCCAGAAAGCCCUGAAGAACUGGGGGAAAAGAUUUCAUUUCAGUCAUGGGAGGGUCGAGUUCCAGGUCCCCACGGCUUAACAGAAGCAGGAUUAUUUAUGCAAA